GGAAAUAGAAAAAAACGAAUUUGUUUAUCGAAAGUGGUCGAUAUUAAACAACCAUCGAAUCAAAUAACAUCCUAUUUAGAAACCAUGGAUGAAAUGUUUCAUCAUACUAUGGUCAAUUCAAUGAUACCAUGGAGUGAUUUACAAGCUAUUAUCGAAUAUAAACAUCAGAUGAAAGUAAUUCAAUUGAAUUUACAACGUUGGACACGAUAUUAUGAAGUCGGUGUUGAAGAACAACUAUGGUCAAUAGAAGUCAAAGAAAAACUUUCAAUAAAAACUAGUGAUGAAAAACAAUAUGCAAUUUAUAUUCAACAAUAUCUUGAUGAAUUAGAUCAACAAUUCGAACAUUUACAACAACAAUUGGAUAGUGAUAAGAAAAAUUUGUCUCAAUUGACAGAUAAUAUCGAACAUCACCUUGAUGAAUUUAUUCAAAAUUAUCGUUUAGUACCGUAUACAAUGAAAUCAGAUUAUCAACUUGCUCGAUUCAACUAUGAAUAUCAAGAUCAAUUAUUAGAACGUCAAUUUCUUCAACUUCAACCAACAGAUCAACAAAUUGAGUUUAGCAAGAAUCUAUACAAAUUCUAUUAUGAAUAUCAAACAGCAGAAAAAGAACUCAUCGAAUUAAAACAUCGUAUUCAAUGUAAUUAUCCAACUCAACAAAGUGUGACACAAGCUCUAUCUAUGUUAUCAAGAACAAUAUCAACAACAGUUGUGAAUCCAAAUUUUUAUCAUCAAGAAAUCGAUCAGGAUGAGAAAAAAUUACAAGACUGUUUGAAUAAUUUCAUGAUGAAAUCGAUCCAAGAGGCUGAAAAGAAAAUUUCACAAUGCAGACUCUUAUUUCAAAAACAAGAACAACUAUCUCAAUCAAUUUUAACAUCAUCAUUGAUCGAUAGUCUUUAUCGUCGUUAUGAAUUAUGUAAAAGAAAACUUGAUUGUACCGAACAAUUUCGUUUAAACUAUUAUUUACGACAACAUUUUGGUCAACAAUCAGAUGAAUUUAAUUUAGCUAAAGUUAGUUUUUCACCAACAGUUAUUGUACAUGCAUCCAUGCAUGUAUUCAAUAAAGAACAUCUACGAUUAUUAUCACGCGGACCAAGUUAUAUACCACCUUAUCAAAUGACAAAAAAACAAAAUCUAGAAAAAAAUUAUAAACAAUUACAACAUGAUUUAAAUCUACUAUUCGUUAAAUCGAAUGUCAAUAUGGUUCAAUCCAUGUUUCUACAAAAGAAAAUAAAAGAUCUCUAUAUGGAAAUGUUUUCUACAAUCAUACCAUCCAAAUCGAUGUAUGAACGUGCCCAUUAUGAACAACAACUUAUUGAACAAAUACAAAAUGAUUUAAAAAGAUUUAAUUUAAUUUUACGACGUACUCACGAUCAACAAAAUGUUUUCUAUCUUGGUGAUAGAAAUUCAUUUGAGCAAUUAUCGCAAGAAUUUAUGUUACAAACAGAUCUAUUUGAAAUCGAUAUGACUAUUGACAAGGAAAAUGUUCAAGCAACACGUGAUUAUUUAACAAACAAAAUAAAAUUGAUGAAUUGUGAAUUUGAAAAUAUAUUUGUCAAUACAACAAAAUAUAAAGAUGAACUUAAGAAAAUUAAUGUCGUAAUUGAUAAAGUAGAAUUACCUUAUUUAUAUUUUCUACCAGAUUUAUCAAAACAACCAUUAUUAAAUGUAAAACCAAUGAUGAUGACACCACAAUAUAAUGCUACGUAUCGUUUAGGAAAAUUUCUCAAUCAAUUAUUACAACCAGUCAUUGAUAUAUAUCAACAAGGAAGAAUAUUUCAUAAUGGUACUGAUUUCUUAGAAAAAUUUCAUAAUUAUAUCGAUCAAUAUGAUCGUCUUCGUUCAACAACGAAUUUUGUUACAAUUACAAUUAACAAUUUUUAUCAUUUAGUUCCACAUCAUGUUCUAUUAAGUACAUUAUUAGAUUUUUUCGUGAAAUAUUAUCAUUUACCUAUAGUGGAAAAUAUUCAUAUUACAAAAAUUGUUCGAUUAACAAGUUUAUUUUUACAUAAUAAUCGAUUUUAUUAUGAUGGUAAAAUUUAUCGAUUUAUUAAAGGUGGUCCAUCAAAUUCAGGUCUGAUUGAAACAUUAUCAAAUAUUUAUCUUAAUCGAAUGGAUAAUUUUCUCAUUGAUCAAUCAUCCACGAAACAAAAUGAAUUCUAUGGUCGAUAUCAAAAUCAAAUUUUCUUUACAUGGAAUCAAUCAUUGGAUGAACUUGAACAAAUACUUAAAUCAAUGAAAUCGGAAUAUCAUCACUUAAGUUUUGAUAUUCAUAUUGGAAAAAAUCUAAAUUAUCUUGAUCUUUAUUUAGAAAAUCGUCAUAUUUUACUUUAUAGUCGUGUUCAUCAUCAAGAAAAUCAACAACCGUAUACAUUACCGUAUAUAUCAAAUGGAAAUUCAAUAACAAAACAUAGUCAUUGGUUACGAUCAAGUCUUAUACGUGCUGUUCGUUAUUGUACAACAAUUGAAGAUUUUAAUCAAGAACGAAUCUAUCUUGAAAUGACAUGUUUAGCAAAUGGUUAUUCAGUUGAAUUUGUUCAAAAGCAUAUUGAACAUUUUUUUAUAUUUUUCAAUGCAACAUUACUUCAACAAUGGUCUCUUGAUCAACAUUCAUAUGAAAAAUUUCGUCAUCGUCUAUUUAAUUUUAUGAGUGAACAACGACAAUUCUUACAGAAAAAACAAGAUUUAUUGAAAAGAAAUCGACGUUUUCAUUUAUCUUAUCUCUAUGAUAAUAUGAGUCCUAAAGGUAUAUUCAAUAAAAAAUUACGUGAAAUUCUAUCGCAAAAUAUUCAACUUGAAAAUACAACGUUCGAAAACAAUAAAUUACAAUUUGUUAUUACAACAAAACAUCAAUAUUCAUUAAAUUCACUUCUCAGUGAACAACGGCCAACACAUCCAAUAUUAAAUUAA